CUACAGUGUACACCUAGUAGUACUGUGCAGUGCCGGUAUUUCCUCGCGCCCACGCAGCUUCCUGGUCAUGUCAGAGCCGACCUGAGAUAAUACUUUGUUUCUCAACCUGGUCGGCAAUAACCCGGGGGCCACGCCUCGACGGAAUAAUACGACUUUCCGGGCAGGCUAAACGCAAUAAUAAUGGUCUCGAUGCCGGUGGGCACAAUGCGAACGUACAACAUUUGUACAACACUGGCACCUGUCGUGCCUCUCGGUUUCUUCCGAGGACCACUAUCUAAGGUUGUCCAAUAUUUCGGAGGGUCACUCGCAAAUAAUGGCAUUUUCCUCUGCUUUUCGUCGCAUGAUGGCAGUCAUCGCUCCACUGUAGACGGCGUGCAUAUCCACGCCAAUGGGCGCAAGAUGAUUGGAACUCAAUCUCUGUUAUGAAGCGGCGUGUUGUGGUGAUCAAAGUUGUGAUGACAUAAGCGACAAUUUUUCGCGGGGCACUGCGCCGCCGCAAGAAAUUAUUGCAGGUGCGGUCACCGCAAUAAUAAUAAUUUUUGCGGCUCGCCAGGGUCCUCGUCUUGUACGGUGCGUGCCAGUCCCGCUGCGAGACUCGGUCUGUUCAACCCUCGCUUGCCAUGUCACUGCCCUUCAGGUUCAAAGCAGGAGGCUCGACAACAAGGACUGCCACCAUGGGGCCGAUCAAUUCUUCCGGUCACCAUCACAGGAGUACCACCAAGACUGAACACAAGCCCUUUAAAUCCCGGUUCGCCUCCAAAGGCGCUCUGAAGGACAAGGCAAAAGGAAAGGUUGAGAGACCUGAAAAAGGCCAGAGGAAGACUCCACAUCAACAAGUCAUGUCGAAACUGGCCAGACGCAACCAGGCGAAACAACUUCGAAUGCACCAUAAGGACAAGAGGGAGGGCGAAGAGAACAUUUUCCAAGGCACAGACGGCGCGGCAAAACAUAUUGCCAUUAUUCCCCUAUCGAAAGAUAUAGAUGCGUACUCUGCUAUUCGUUCCCUGAACGAGAGUGUCGACGUUCCUGGGCCUGACUCUUCGACCGGCACUGUUCCUGUUCGAGUUGAACGAUUCCGCCGAAACCUGCUAUAUCUACCAUCAUCCUUCAAUUUGCUCAACGCCCUCGAUGUCGCCAAAUUGGCCGACUGGGUUAUUUUUGUCCUUGAUGCAGACCAGACCUUUGGCGAAGAGGAGGACAUGUUUCUGAAGGCACUGGAGGGUCAAGGGAUUACCAACGUUACGGCGGUGGUGAGAAACGUUGACGCCAAAGUGCCUGCAGCAAAGAGAUCGCGACACCUCACCGACCUGAAAAUCGCCAUCGGCCGAUACUUUCCAGCCCUCGACAAGUUGUCUAGUCUCGACAACAAAUCCGAUUGCGCCAAUCUGGUCCGAAGCAUCUGCACAGCAUCCACCAAAGGAAUCCGCUGGCGAGAUGACAGAAGCUGGAUGUUGACUGAAGAUGUCGACUGGAGUCCACCCGUCGAUGGCGACUCCACCACUACCGUUACCCUCACAGGAACCAUAAGAGGAAAGGCGCUGAACCCAGAUAGGCUUGUCCAUGUCCCGGGAUGGGGGGACUUUCAGAUCAACGCGAUAAGAGAGCUGUCAGGCCAAGGGCGGAAACGCAAAGCCGACGAGAUGGAUGCAGACGAACCGCUGAAGGAGUGGAAGCCAACAGCGGACCAGGACGAUCUAGCAGAACUGGCGCCAGAACAAGCGGAAAUGCACGACAUUUCCAGCACGGUAGCAACCAACGAGCACAAGGGUGUCCUUCUCGACGACCACCAUUACUUCUCCGACGACAAUUCGCACAUUCCUCCUCCACCCAAGAAACUACCCAAAGGAACUUCCAACUACCAAGCGGCGUGGUAUUUGGAAGACGUGUCCGAUUCGGACUCGGAUUAUCUUGACGAAGACAACGACGGUGAUGUUGCCAUGGAUGCCGAAGAUGCAGCUUCAGCUGGACCAGAAGAUGGAGCUGUAUUCAAUAGAGACGCCAUGACCGAAGCUGGCCCAUCAGAAUACCCCGAAUCUGAAAUGCACGUUGAUGCCGAUGAAGAAGAGGAAGCCCGCCAGCUGCAAGAGUUCCGAGACAGCCGGAAAAAAGAGGCCGAAGAGGAUCUGGAGUUUCCCGACGAAAUCGAACUUCAUCCCGAGGUUUUGGCACGAGAAAGGCUGGCGAAAUAUCGCGGCCUCAAAAGCUUACGGACAAGCGAAUGGAAUCACGCGGCCGACCAACCCUACGAACCACUGGAGCACAAACGCCUCCUCCAAGUCGCCGACUACAAGAAAUCAUACAGUGCCGCGCUGAAAGAGACGUUGGCCGGCGGAGUUCUGGCCGGCACCAGAGUUCAAAUUGAACUGCGCGAUGUCCCCGUGUCUCUCGCUUCGAAACCCGCUCCUUCAGCUUUAUUCUCGCUUCUUCGCCAUGAACACAAACACGCAGUCAUCAAUUUGAAUCUCACGCUGCACUCGGACCUCGAGGGUCCCGUCAAGUCUAAGGACGAGCUCAUCGUCCAGAUCGGUCACCGGCGGCUUAUCAUCAACCCGGUCUUUUCGGCGUCUGGCCAGACUCCCAAUGACGUGCACAAGUUUGAUCGGUUCUUGCAUCCCGGUCGCACGGCCAUUGCAACAUUCACGGGCCCCUUGACAUGGGGUUCUGUGCCUGUAUUGGUUUUCCGCCGCAAGACUACGUCCGCCCAAAAGAGCGAAGCUGAUGAAAUGGACGAGGCACCCGCUCUUGUCGACUCUACCGCCAAUUUGACGUCGGCUCUCGAAUUGAUCGGCACAGCCACGACUCUGCCACCCUCUUCGUCUCGCGUGGUUGCCAAACGAGUCAUUCUGACUGGUCACCCAUUCAAGAUCCACAAGAAACUCGUGACGGUGAGAUAUAUGUUCUUCAACCGCGAAGACGUGGCUUGGUUUGCCGCUCUGCCGCUGUGGACCAAGCGGGGCCGUCAAGGGUUUAUCAAGGAACCGCUGGGUACACAUGGGUAUUUCAAGGCCACGUUUGACGGCAAGAUCAAUCCCAUGGAUGCUAUUGGUGUCAGUCUGUACAAGAGGGUGUGGCCUCGACCCGCGAGAGUGUUGGAAUGAUCGAUCAGAUUACCAUUGGAUCUGCCGCUAGAACUAGCAUUAUGGUUGCCAACGCUGGCUGCCGGGACGGAAGGAUUGAUUAACCAGCCUCUCUCUUCAACCAGGCUGUUUUUCACGCAUUAACGAACCGAACGGAUUUCUUCCACGACAAGAAACGAUUUUACUUUUUCUUUUGGGUAUAGAAUAGACGAGACUAGAUCGUCUCAAUCAAUUGAGAAAUACAAUCAUCCACUUUGGGCAGACAGCCAGUAUGUUUUCUGCAGCUCGUUGCUCUGCUCGCGGCGAACAUGGUCGCUUGCAGUGCGUCAAACCCCC